GCACCCACAGAGGACUCUCGUCUUCUCCAUCGCCGGGGCAAAUCACGCCGCCGUCGCGCCCCAUAUCAUGUCUCCGCGGUUGUGACCACGCUCUAUAGGGACCUCGGUUUCAUCGUUCGGCGGUUACUUCGGUCUCAACAGGAGGACCCAUGGCGAUGGAGAUGAGAGCCCGGGAACCUGUACACAUGUCGGAGGACCUGACUCGGGCAAUUGCACCUUAUGCCGCCACCCUGCAUGAUUCGUUCCUCCACUCCCAUUGCUCCUCAUGUUUCAGGAAGUUACCAUCUCAACCUCCACAUGGUUUAUCUUGUAUGACCUGUGGCUCUGUUCGAUACUGCUCCUCAGGCUGCUUAGGCUCGGAUUGUGAAGUGCAUUUAUCUUCUGGUGAAUGUUGUUUUUUUGCGGACCACAUCAAGAUAGCAUCUCCCUCCUUUCUUACCGAAGGCACGAGCGAUCCCCGUGCUGCUCUUCGGCUUCUUUAUUUGCUUGAGAUACAUGGUAUUGUUUCGUAUGAUUCAGUUAACCAGGCCACCAGAAUAGGUGGGCUUUCAGCCAGUGGCAUUGGGGAAACCCUGGGAGAAGGCGGGGAGGUUGCCGAGAGGAUAUUGGAGGGAAGCAUGCUGAUGUCAUCUGCCAGAAAAAUGAGGACGCAAAUUUCUGUUGUUUCUGCCAAUGGUCUGACAGUAGAGACAGUGGCAUUAUGGGCAGUGAUGAUCAACAGUGUUGCGGUGCAGAUUAGUGAAGGGCGGGAUCUGGGGAUCGCAGUUUAUGGACCUAGUUUUUCAUGGUUCAAUCAUAGUUGCUUUCCGAACGCUUCUUAUCGUUUUGUAUUGGCUCCACGCGAUGAAGAUUAUGCUUCAGACAAAUCAGAAUACCCUGCAAUCCCUGCUAGCAAAGAAGUAGCAGCAGAUGUGUGGCAUGCUUGGCAGUUUGAAGAUCAUUCUACUCAUGCACUCGGCAAAUAUGGCCAAGAAUUGUUGUUCGCUGCACAAAGCCCAUCAACAAGGGUGAUGAAGUUUGCAUAACAUAUAUUGAUCUUCUCCAGACCAGGGAUGCAAGGCAUUCAGAUCUUUGGUCAAAGUACAAAUUCAUUUGUUCUUGCAAGCGCUGUACUUCAUCACCAGAACCAUAUGUGGACUUUCUUCUGAAUUGUGAUUUUAGGAACUUGAAUUCACCAGAGGAUGUUGCUAUGUCAGCAGCAGUGGAGGAUUUGAAUGAUAUCUUACAGCAGGCAAUCUCUUUAUACUCAUUGGAUGAUGACCCUAAAGCUUGCUGUGAUAUGAUUGAAACCAUGCUUUCCAAAAAUUUGAUGGGUGAUUUGCAGCAAGUGGAAUAUUCACAAACAAGAGAUAUACUUCAUCCUCUUCACCAUAUAUGUCUUGGAGCUUACAUGGCACUUGCCUCUGCUUACCGUUUUCGUGCCCUAACAGCAAACACCGAGGGAGAAAACGGUGCUGCUUCUUUCGAAAUGACCAAAGCUGCAGCAGCUUAUUCAUUUGUUCUUGCAGGAGCCACACACCAUUUAUUCUUAUCUGAAUGCUCCUUUCUGCUCCCACUGUCACAUUUUUUGUUAAGCACCGGACAGUCCAUGUUGGAUUUUGUUGAAUGCAUAAAGGGAGAGACAAGGAAAAAUGUAUCUGAAGCUAAGUUCGGCUUUGCUUCAUGGUUCACAGUGUCAGAAAAACGUGAUUCCAUGCAGUACAAUAAAUUCAGAUCAACUUGUGAAGAGUUCGGCCAGCGCAUGUUAUCAUUAUCAUUGCAGUGCUGGCCAUUUCUUGCCCAAAGCUCACCUUGUUUGGAAAAGAUAAAGAACCCUAUAGACUUCAGUUGGCUUGGGACAGCAAUAUUUCAGUGUAUCCAUCUCUCCAAGGAAGAUUCUGCCAACCUUUCUUGUACAGACAGGCUACCAGUUAACAUUGAGAAACAGAAGGGAUGUAUUCUCAGUUUAGCUAUUUGCUGCAUCACCUUUUGCAAGUAUCUUGCAAGCAUAUGCUAUGGUCCACAACAUUAUUUGGCUAAUCAUGCUAACGAUCUGCUUGAAGGAAUUGGUCUUGCACAAUGACUUUUCUGAGGUGGCUCAUAAGAUGUAACCUCCAGUAGGCCAGGAGUUGAUGUUUGAUGUUCUCCGUCGUUAUUUAGGGCUGUGGAGCUUAUUUCCGAAAUGUGGCUGUAGAAACAAUUUUUUGUUUUCUGUCUAUGUAAUCAUAGUUCAUAUUUUUGUUUAUUCUGAUGAACAAGCUUGUAACAGUGAGAUUUAUGGGAAAAGUCCCUCUCUUUGCUGGUUUUAGUUUUACUUAAGAUUCCUGACUGCAUAAUCAUGUAGUAAUAUAAUUGUCUCAAAGUGAUAUGGAAUAUUAGGUGAUCCCUGGACAAUUCUAUUGGUAA